AGCUUUUAUGACGUCACCGUUCCCGAUGUAGGCAGCGGCUGUGGACAUAAUUCAACUGGCUAGCUUAGCUCACGUUUUCGAGAAUGCCUCCCAUCACCGUGCCUUCAUCCGCAAGAUAAAGGAACUAUAGGAAUGACGUUGCUGUCAAGAAAUCAACCAUGGAGGCUCUUUCCCGGAGUCUCACCAGUGCAUCCGAGCGAGUGAUGGGCUGGUGCCCCUGAUGUCAGCUUGUGACUGCAGCAGAGAGCCCUCACCAUGAGUGGAGAGCAUAUCGACAUCCUGUCAACGGCAGAUGUGGUCCGAGACAGAUGGAGAGUGGUGAGAAAGAUAGGUGGAGGCGGUUUCGGGGAGGUCUACGAGGUCUUGGACCUCGUGAGCCAGGCCACUCUUGCCAUGAAGGUGGAGUCUGCCACACACCCCAAACCGGUACAGAGGACAGAGGCGGCCGUGUUGAGGAAGCUGCAAGGCAAGGAUAACGUGUGUCGCUUUGUCAGCGCUGGUCGAAACGAGCGCUUCAACUAUGUGGUGAUGGAACUCCAGGGGAGGAACUUGGCAGAUCUACGGAGGAGCAGGAUCCGUGGUACAUUCUCAGUCUCGACGACUAUGCGGCUCGGCAAGCAGAUUUUACAAAGCAUCGAAAGCAUCCACUCAGUGGGCUUCCUGCACCGUGACAUUAAACCAGCUAACUUUGCAAUGGGAAGACUAGCAAGUACUUGCAGGUGCUGCUACAUGCUGGACUUUGGUUUGGCCCGACAGUACAUGACCUCCAACCAAGAACUUCGUCCUCCUCGAUCUGUGGCCGGCUUCAGGGGAACUGUGCGAUAUGCUUCAAUCAAUACUCAUAAAAACAAGGAAAUUGGUCGUCAUGACGAUCUAUGGUCCCUCUUCUACAUGUUGGUUGAAUUCAUGUCCGGUCAGCUCCCAUGGAGAAAAUUUAAAGACAAGGAACAAGUAGGAAAUCUAAAAGAAGCAUACGACCACCGCCUCAUGCUUAAUCACUUACCAUUGGAGUUUACCACAUUCCUGGAUCACAUCCUCAGUCUGGACUACUACACUAAACCAGACUACGAGCUGCUGAUGUCACUGUUUGACCGUGCUAUGAAAAGCCACAAUGUGCUGCACAACGAUCCCUACGAUUGGGAGAAAUGCGACUCGGAGGACAUGCUGACAACCGCGGUGGCACCACCCACUGGCCAGGAGCUCACCCGCCUCACGCCAGCUCACAUGGGCAUGGCCAAUGCAUCAGUGCUGCCAGUGGAAUUGCAGAGGGAGAACACGGAGGAUGUCCUCAUGCUCGGAGAGCGCUUCAGCGACGCUGACAACUGCCCCCCUCCUGUCACCCCUGCGUCCGUUCCUGCCAGAGGCAUAUGGGACGAAAUGAACCGCAUUCAAAGCCAGAAUCAUGUUGAGCCAAUGAUUAGGAAGGUGGUGAGUGAGGAAGAGCAUAGUCAGAACCAGGGCAACCAAAGCCCUGCCGGCUCGGCGCAGAGUUCUCCGAGGCGAGUCCGAUCCGAGACCAUGUACUUGGACCGGGCUAUGCCGCUGCUCCGAAAGAUGCGUCAGAGUCAGAGUUUGGCGUUUGAAAGAAGACUUGCACCCGAACCCAAGCCGACUCUCGAGCGCUUCCUUGAGUCCUGUCGAGGCAAAACGCCUCCGUGUCUUUCAAACAUCGGGGAGAAAGUUUUGUCCGACGAUCAUUCCGGCACGGGUACGGCGGACCCAGAAGAAGGCGCGGUCAGCAGCGGUUUUGUCGCAGUCAACUUCAGUCCUGUGAUCCAAGAGGGAGACUCCCAGGAGUGGGUGGUGCUGGAAAUGGAGCAAGGCGCCAAUUCCGGAGCCAUCAAGCCUUUGGCCGAAGCCCAGCGCGAGGACAAAGCAGCCGCCCCUAAUCCUGCUGACGGCGAGAACCAUCCGCCGCAGGAGGGCCCAGCUGUAGCAGUCAGUCCUGUUUUGUCACACUGUUCUGUCGGGUCAUGGUUACUUGGCCACAGGAGGCUGCCGGGGCUGUUGGGGCAAAUGCCCUCGGUCAUCAUGGGACGACCCCACAUGGAUCAGUCCUCCAGUGGCACAGCGCAGUCCCCUGCGCUCGAAAAGAGUGACACGAUACCCCUUGAAGCUCCGUCGAACAAAUCCGACGAAGCUCCCGGACAACCGAAGGAUGGAGAGAAGACGGAUUUGGCUCCGUCAUCAAGCCCGCUGAAGGGUUCGACUGCUCCACCGGCGAAAGACCCAGAGAGCGAUUCGGGUCUGCCCGACUGCUCGUCAGAGCUGAACCAGCAGGCUCAAGCCAUCUGUUCACUCCUCGCCUCUUUAAGGCCCAAAGACUCGCCUUGCUCGCCAAAAUUGAGCCGCAUCCCAAUACGAGACUCCGGCACUCCUCCGGACUCUCCGUGCAGGAACCGUCACCGGGACCGGAAAAACCGCUGGAGCAGCCCUGUCCCCAGCUCGCCCACCCACUCCCCUUCCCCAUCGCUUUCCUGCGAAAACCUGCAGGUCAUCCUCCCGCGAGAACGUCUCUCGUCGGAGCGAGGCUCCAAGUCGGACUGCGGAGGGGAAGACCCUCUUUCUCUGUCCUCGUCAUCGGGCGGUAAAAGUAAGAUUCCGCGACCCAUGAGCGCCACCUUUGUUCCCGAGCAGCUAAGUGGCAGACUCGUGCCUCGCCCACCUCCCGGGAAACCGACAUCAGGCGCAUGUGCCGACCACAGGCGGCGGCGGUUGCGAGUACGCGCCAGCAGCACCAGCGACGCCGAUUCCCUGUCCAGUCAGAACCAGUCGACGCAGGACCGCGGCGGCCGGCUCGUCAGCCCACCUCCACCCCGCCCUUGCGCCUCCCCCAACCUGCAGCGCUCAUUGAGUUGCUCUCCGUCCCGCCAGGAGCCCCACGACGGCAGGGCGCCGCCUCCAGGACGCAGCCGCUCCCCGUCGACGCCUCCUCCUCGACACGGCCCCCUGCAAGCGAGGCUGUCCGGCCAGAGUCCGUUGGUCCCCCGCUCUAUCGGCAAAGGUUUGAUUGAGGAGUGCAAAGGCUCGAGGAAACUGAAACGAUGAUUAACGGAAACCACCCGUCCGAAUCGCAUGUGUAAAUACAGUAUGUGCUCAAGAGAAUGUGUACUGUAAAAACGAAAUGUAUUUAUUUGCUACAUUAGCUCAAAGGGAUCCUUGAAACGCGGAAGCCAUUAUGUGCAUAGCACUUCAGGAAUGUUUGCGAAAAUUCCAAAGCGAGCGCUCGCGUCCCUUUUUUGUUUUCAUUCCAAAUUUGAAAUGGCCACGCUAAACACUACUCCGACUCCACAAAUCUGUCCUAGUUACCUACAUUUGUGGAGCCAACUGGAUAUAUUUCUGCCCACUGGUUGCAACCCUAAAGCCAGUAGCAUGUUUUGUCCGUGUAUAUAGCAUGUGUAUAAAGAAAAGUCAGCCAUUUUGAGGUCCUUACCACUGUGUGCAAGUGCAUCUAUUUAGUAGAACGCACUCAAUUUAGCUCUUUAAAUUGUCACGCUAGAAGAAAAAGAACACUAAGAUAAUCUCUAUUUUAGCAAAAAUAAAUGUGGAAUCUCCAAAGUUUAUCGGGCAAUCGGUAAAUAUCAUAUCAGCUCACUAAGUUGCCAAUGGAUAAAUAUUUUAUUGCUUUUUCAAUGGUUAUAUGUGUGGUGGUUUGAAAUUGCAUUCAUUGAAAUUGAAGCACUUUACAAGUCAACAAAUUGUGUUCCGCUUUGAAGGUUCCACAGUAGUUGCGUUAGAGAUGAGAACUGUACACGGUUAGUGGUAACCCAUGCAUUUGAAUAGAAUAUCAAUCAGCAAAGCCAUCUUAAUUCGGUCGUUACCACAAAUAGCUCCGCGUCAGCAUAUUAGAAUGUAUUUAUAAGCACACUUGAUUCUUCAGUAUUGUAAAUGUGCAUGAGUCAUCUUACUUUGUUUUGUUUUUUUUACUCAUUUGUAAACCAGCAUACAUUUCUGUAUUUUUACCAAACUGCUUCUGAUCAUGAAAAUACAUCCACAAGCAAAA